GUGACAAAUGUCGUAAUCACUUGAGCCUGGAUAAUAGGUGUGACCUCGCGGUGGCAGGAGAAGUGGGAGAGCUGUUCAAGCCACGGUACGGAGAUGUCUGAGCCUAUUAGAGUUCUGGUGACUGGCGCUGCUGGGCAGAUUGCCUAUUCCCUGCUGUUCAGCAUUGCCAAGGGAGAUGUCUUUGGCAAAGAUCAGCCAAUCAUCCUGCUCCUUUUGGACAUUUCACCCAUGUUGCCAGUGCUAGAAGGUGUAGUCAUGGAGCUGCAGGACUGCGCCCUCCCACUUCUGAGAGAGGUCAUCUCCACUGACAAGGAGGACUUGGCCUUCAAGGACCUGGAUGCAGCUAUCUUGGUGGGCUCUAUGCCCAGGAAGGAGGGCAUGGAGAGGAAGGACCUGCUCAUGGCCAACGUGGCUAUCUUCAAGAGCCAGGGAGCUGCUCUGGAGAAGUACUCCAAGAAGACUGUCAAGGUGCUGGUUGUGGGAAACCCUGCCAACACCAACUGUCUGAUUGCAGCCAAGUCGGCUCCUUCCAUCCCCAAGGAGAACUUCUCCUGCCUCACCCGUCUGGACCACAACAGGGCUCGCUCUCAGGUGGCGAUGCGUUGUGGUGUCCCUGCCACCCAUGUGAAGAAUGUGAUCAUCUGGGGCAACCACUCAUCCACCCAGUACCCCGAUGUCCACCACUGCAUGGUCAAAAUGGCCGGCAGUGACCUGGCCUGCUUCGAUGCUGUCAAGGAUGACGCCUGGCUCAAAGGAGAUUUUAUCUCUACAGUGCAGCAGAGAGGCGCUGCAGUCAUCAAGGCCAGGAAGCUGUCCAGCGCCAUGUCUGCAGCCAAGGCCAUCUGUGACCACAUGAGGGACAUCUGGACAGGCACUCCAGAGGGCGAGUUCAUCUCCAUGGGUGUCUACUCCACUGGCAAUACCUACGGAGUCCCUGACGACCUCAUCUACUCAUUCCCUGUGCAGAUCAAGGACAAGACCUGGAAAAUUGUGGACGGUCUGGAAAUCAACGACUUCUCCAGAGGAAAGAUGGACGCCACGGCCGUGGAGCUGAUAGAGGAGAGAGACACAGCUGUUGCCUUCCUUGGGCAGUGACUAGACCCCGCAGGGCCAGCUGACCAGCACUUGGACAACCCUAAAACUCCAGACGCACGCCUAUAAUAACCCCUCACCCCACCCCUUAGUGUUGUGGUGUGUGUGUACGUGCGUGUGCGUAUGAAUGUACGUCUACUAAAAUUUGUUACAAACUAUUAUCUUCAGAUGAACUUUUUCUGGGAGGGAGAGUAAAACACGGAGGAUUGUUACAAGUAGUCAACGAUGCACUGAGUCUACAAUCACUGAAACGGUUUAUUGUUUAUUGAAGUCAGAAGAAUAAACAUUGUAUUUUUUUGUAGAUGGAUUUAAAUUUGCUUUGUGUACAACCAAAUUGAAUAAAGGCAAAGUCUGUAAGAAAACCAAAAUCAUGAA